AUGCUCGCCCCAGGCUCUGCCCUGACAUUGGAGCGGGGCUGGGAAAAAACAGGGGCAACAGGAAGCCUCCAGAACCUGAAGAAAUUUAAUAAUCAGGACUUCAACCGCCUGCGAGCCUUUUGUCUGAACCAAGGACUGCUUUUUGAGGAUGCCACCUUCCCUACUCACGUCAGCUCCAUCGGUCCCAACCUACUUCUAGAGGAUAAGCUGCGGCAAAUACAAUGGAAAAGGCCAAUUGAACUUCAGAAAAAUCCUUAUUUGAUCAUGGAUGGAGUUAGCAGAUUUGAUAUCAUUCAAGGAGAACUAGGUGACUGCUGGCUGCUGGCUGCUCUGGGUUCCCUGACACUGCAGAAGCAAUUUUUGGCAAAAGUUUUACCACAGGACCAAGGAUUUCAGGAUGAUUAUGCUGGGAUUUUUCAUUUCCGGUUCUGGCAAUAUGGAGACUGGGUGGAUGUAGUGAUAGAUGACCGUCUGCCAUUCCUGAAUGGAAGAUACCUGUCUGUACAUCCUCGAGCGUCAAAUGAAUUCUGGCCAUGCUUGCUGGAAAAAGCAUAUGCCAAGUUACGAGGCUCCUACCAGAACUUGCAUGGAGGCUACCUUUCUGAUGCUUUAGUAGACCUCACGGGUGGCGUCCAAGUGCAGCUCUCACUGAAGGAUCCCCCUGCUGACCUGGAGGAGAUCCUGAAAGCAGCUGACAAAUCUCAGUGUCUGAUGGGGUGUAGCACCUCAGGCCAAAUGAGGAGAAACAUAGAGCUGAGGAAUGGGAUUGUACAGGGCCAUGCCUACACUGUCACAGGAACUGUGAAGAUACGCUACAAGAAUGGCUGGAAACAUAUAAUCAGGAUCUGGAAUCCGUGGGGCCAUGGGGAGUGGAAGGGACCCUGGAGUGAUAACUCUCCUCAGUGGGACCAUGUUGAGCCUAAAUGCAGAGAAGCCCUCCUCAGAAAUAAGGAUGAUGGAGAAUUCUGGAUGUCCUGUGAAAGCUUCCAGGAGCAGUUUUCCUGGCUGUAUAUAUGUAAUGGCACCCCAACGUUUCUGGACUUUGGAGAUCAGCGCAGCACAACGUGUCGAGACGUGACCAACUACUUUACCUUGAGCCCAGGAACCUAUGUUGUCGUUCCUGCUACAACAGAAGACCAAGAAUUUGAAUUUCUCUUGCGAAUUUUCCUCAAGAAUCAAGACUACAAUGAGAACUCAAACUCCCUGCCCAGACCAGUGCUGCCAAUGGGCUCAGCUAUUGAUGCCUCGCAGCUGCAACAACUCCUUAAUGAAGUGAUCCUGCAAGAUGAAAUGACCAGCCUGGGAGGAAGAUUCAGCUUCGAUUCAUGCAGAGGCAUUUUAGCUCUGAUGGAUCUCAACUCCAACGGACAACUCACGCUGCAGGAGUUCGGGAGCCUCUGGCGAAGUCUCACUAAGUACAUGGAUAUCUUCAGCAAGGAAGACAGAAAUAAUUCUGGGUUUCUUGAUGUGUCUGAACUGAAGAGUGCAGUACAAACAGCAGGCCUGGCUGCUAACGAGCAGCUCCUGCGCCUGAUGACCCUGCGGUACGGCAACGCUGACAGGAGAAUCGGCUUCUCUGACUUCGUGUGCUGCAUGCUGCGCCUUGAAACCAUGACCUGUGAGGAGAAGGACUGA